AUGGGCAAGUACACAGUGCGCGUGGCCACGGGGAGCUCGCUCCUGGCGGGCUCUGGCAACUGCGUGCAGGUGUGGCUGGUGGGCGAGCACGGAGAGGCGGACCUCGGAAAGCUGCCGCCGCAGCUGCCCGGCAGGGCUGGAUCUCUGUUUGAAGCUGAUUUCUCCCUGCUGGAUGGAAUUAAGCCAAAUGUCAUCGCCUUUAAGCAGCAGUAUGUGGCAGCCCCUUUGGUCAUGCUGAAGCUACAGCCAGAUGGAAGACUUUUACCCAUGGCCAUUCAGCUCCAGCCACCUCAACAGGGACAACCUCCACCUCUGCUCUUCCUGCCUUCAGAUCCCCCCAUGGCCUGGCUGCUGGCCAAGAUAUGGGUCCGUAGCUCUGAUUUCCAGCUGCACCAGCUACAGUCACAUCUGCUAAGGGGACAUCUGGUGGCUGAGACCAUUUCUGUGGCCACAAUGAGGAGCUUGCCGAGCCUUCAUCCUAUCUACAAGCUCCUGAUCCCCCACUUUCGCUAUACCAUGGAUAUCAACACCUUGGCCCGGAAUAACCUCGUCUCUGAAUAUGGAAUUUUUGAUCUGGUGGUGAGUACAGGCAGUGGUGGCCACGUGGACAUUCUCCAGAGAGCCACAACUUGUUUGACAUAUCGUUCCUUCUGUCCUCCUGAUGAUCUGGCUGACCGUGAGCUCCUAGGUGUGGAAUCUUCUCUCUAUGGCCAAGAUGCCCUCAGGCUCUGGGAAAUCAUCAAACGGUAUGUGAACAGGAUGGUUGGGCUUUUCUACAAGAGUGAUGAAGCUGUGAAGCAGGACCCAGAGCUGCAGGCAUGGUGUAGAGAAGUCACUGAGGUUGGACUGCAGGGGGCCCAGGACCGAGGGUUCCCCCUCUGCUUAGAGUCCCGGGAUCAGCUCUGUCAUUUUGUUACCAUGUGCAUCUUCACGUGUACUGGUCAGCAUUCUUCUGCCCACCUGGGCCAGAUGCUCAGAGGCAACACAGUCCCUGUUCCCACGGACUCCCGCCUGACCCCCGAUGAUGACUGGCUACAUCAGGCUCGGGAACCCCCUCAGUGUGCUUCAUUAUCAAAAAACGGGGGUGACGACUGCCUUCCCUGUUUUGAAGUUUGA